CUCACAGUGAAGUCUGGAGCAACAGCUGGAUCCGUCUGUCUGUCCGUCCGUCCCUCCGCAGCGCCGCAGGAUGUCGCAAGAGGAGUCAUCACAUUAAGUCAGUGUCGGAUGUGAAAUGUUCACGAUGCCGUCACUGUCAGGAGUCCGAUGGAUUGUUUUCGGCCUCCUGCUUUGGAAGAGAACGACAGCUCACAGUGUGGAGCUGCGCUGCUCGGUGGCACCAGUGGGGGCGCUACACCCGGUUCAGGGUCUGCUGGAGCGGUUUGAGGCCGGUCCCGGCUGCGCUGCCAGAGAGCGCGGGGUCAAAGAAACUCACGUCAUCGCAGUGGGCAGAGUGACACACAGCCCCGAAAACAAGGUGACGGUGCUGCUGAGGCCUUUGUCUCCGUCCUCCUCGCCUCUCAGAGCCCUCCACCUGCUGCUCAGCUCCAAACUCCCCGUCACCUGGUGGCUGCAGGCCGAGAGACUUCCCCCCGACCUCCCGGUGCUGGUGCAGGUGUCCUCAAACUCCAGCGUGCAGUCCCACAAUCUGCGUCUGAACGUCCAAACGGUGCAUUCGCUGCCUUUUCGUCCACACGCGCUGCACCGCUGGGCUCUGAAACACCACGGCAACCUGUCCUCUCUGACACACACGACGCACGGCAACCGAGUCUACGUCCUGCUGGGAGAAGAUCCCAGCCUGCCCGCUGUGUGCCAGCUGCAGUCCAUGUUCCUCUCUCACAACUACAUGACCUCUGACCUGCAGCCACAGGAGGUGCAGGGCUGCGCUGACGCUCCAGCAGGUGGGAUCAGCCCUGAAGUUCACGUGAUCAAACUCCAUUCAGCGGGCUCGGGGCUCUGCGGCUCUCUCCAGGUGGAGGUGAUCGUCUCUCUGGUGCCGCUGAAAGCGAACUCAAAGACUCAGGUGGUGGUGUUGAUUCUCAGCAGCUCUGUGCCGGUAAACUGGGCCAUUGUUGCUCGUGGUGUCCGGGGACAUGUCUCAAUUCAUUCGUCCAACAGUGUGUCCCCACCCUACCCCCCCGAGCCCGGCCUGACCCUGUCCAGCACUCUGAACCCUGACCUGUCCACCAUACCUGACCUCCUCCUGUGGGCCAGUGAGAGCGGCUACACCACGGUGACCUCAUACACCGAGGCUGACCUGGCCAAUCGCUUUGUGAUCCAGCUGGCCGGGGGCGGGACAGACGCGGUCGCAGUGAUGAAUCCUCUGGUUGUGAGGCCUCCCUGGGCCGAGGAGCGGCGGCUGAGGCAGUGGCUGAGCGGUGGAGGCAGAGCAGGAGGAAGACAGGAGAGUUUCACGGUGCAGUGUGAGGACGGACGCCUCAGCGUGACCGUAGACCGACACAUCCUGCAGAGCUUGUCUGUCCCGCUGGCUGCCGUGACUCUGCGAGACUCGACAUGCCAGGCUCAGUCCAAUGGGAGUCAUUUCCUGUUGGUGUUCCCAGUCAUUUCCUGUGGGACUGAGGGUCUUCUCCUGGGACAGCCUCGAGGGCUGCAGUACAAAAACAUGGUGUUACUGUGGAGAGACGAGCCUCGGACCAUUCUGGCACUCAAUGAGACAGAAAUUAAGUCCAAAAAUCCUCUUGGCAUACAUUUCAGCUGUCUGGCUGCAGCCCCAACCGUCCCCAGAGCUGCUGACGAUGAUGAUGUAAACACUCAGACGGGGCCGGUCCACUGGGUACCCGAGGGUCCUGAUCCAGGACUGAGCCACCUGCCGACACCCAGACACAGACCGGGUCCUGUUCUUACUCUGAAGCUCUUUGUCACUGAGAGCUACGAGGAGAGGAGGAUUGGCCCCUGUGUCAUCACUGCAGACCACCGUGUCUAUGUCGAGAUUUCAGCUAAAGGCUCCUUCAUAGAUGUCGCUGAGGUGACGUCAUGUGUGGUCUCUCCUCUGUCAGACCCAAAAAAGUCUCGUUUCUGGACCGUCAUCAGCGACGGCUGUUCCUCGGACCCCUCACUGACCCUCAGCGCAAACACAAAAGAUGAAGAUGAAGAAGAAGAAGAGGCUGGAGGUGAUGGUGAACUGGAAGAGGAAAAGGAAGACACCGAUGGACCAGAAAAAGAAAGAGGUGAAUAUGUCCCACUGCGACACAAAGUCGGCAGAGGAGGGAGAGAAGCAGCAGAAAGGAUGGAAAAGGAGAUACGACCCCUGAGAUUUCAUUUCAUCCUGCGACCAGUUUAUAAUGACUCCAUGCAGUUUCUGCACUGCAGCCUUCGCCUGUGUGUCUCUGACACGGAAAGAGCGAAACCCACGAAUGGAAAAGUAAAGACUGACUGUGAGGACGGGCUACGUAUCCCUCCACUUGUAUCCAAAUCAGCCAGACAUCAGUGUGAGAUCAGAAACCUCUCCAGGCCGAUGGUCGUCACCCAGCCGAUCAGCUCGCUGGCAUCCAAACUGCCGAGGCCCCCCGCCGGCCAGAGAACCAAGAGACUGAGUGUCCCCCCAGUGGCAGGUCCAGACCCAGAGUCCAGCAGCUCUGUGGUGCAGAUGGGACCCGUGAUGGGGAUCGUCUUCGCUGCGUUCGUGAUGGGCGUCAGUCUGAUGGGCGGGCUGUGGUGCAUCUAUUAUCACACCGGGGUUCGUGCAGCGUCACUCAGAGGAGAAAGUCGUUUAACGGACCAAACUCAUGAAGGCGGCGUCAUCUGGAAUCCACCGCUGCUGUCGGAUCAGUCCUCCAGCUCCGUGUAGGAUUUCCUGCAAAUCUGAGAAAGAAAGAACUGGGACAGAGGUUUCUAACAGCUCGCGUGUGUGUGUGUGUGUGUGAGCGAGCACAGCUGCCGCGUGCACUUCUCCUCCGGCGUUCAUCUCCGCGCAGCAGAGCGCUGAAACCGUGUGAAUUCAGUAGCACUUACUCAUCGCCGCGUUGUCAGAAGUUUGAUUCAAAGCGAACCGUUUGUUUGUCUGAUGCCGCGAACCGUUCUGCACCGAGUCAUCUCGAGUGGCAGCGAGUGCGGCCACAUGGAGAGAUGUUUAUCUGGAUUCAACAGGACCCAGAGCUGAUCGGAGUGACUCAGACAGAAACCUCAUCAUCAUCAUCAUCAUCAGCAGCAGCAGCAGCACCUUCAAAGACAAAACACGAGGUCAAAGAUGGAUUCAGAGGUGACUUUGCGCCUGACUGAAGAGUCUGUUUUUCAGUCAUUUUCACUCUUUGUGUUGUAACUGUGAAUCAGCUGGAAACUUUAUCCAGAUGUGAAUUCUUUUGUGUUUAUGUGUCAAAUAAGAUGUAAUAAACAAGCUCAGAUCCA